AGUUGCAGUUGAACCGCGCUGCGCAUAAGUUGAUUGUGCCGAUAGAGAAAGUUAUUGUUUGUGUGUGUUGUUCCUCUUUUAUUAUUGUUGUUGUUGGCGUUGUGUAUAUAUGAUAUUGUUGUAUAUCUCUGCCUGGGUUUCCUUCUCGCCGUCGCGCAUCCAACACACAAUCCGAAAAGAGCUGUGUGCUAGCCGUGACUAGGGCCGUGACGAAGAGAGAAAGAUUCCGAAUUCGCCGAACAAUCAAAUCAGUAACACAACAAUAGAUUGAUAGCGUGGAAGCAGAUCACACGUGUGUGCUUGGCGCUCUCUCACAGUUUUCUCACUCACUCACUGAUAUUAAUACGGUGUAUAUCACAUUUUUGUUUUCGGCAGCGGAACGAAACGAAACGAAAAAAGAAUAGAAAUAAAACCGACAAGAUUUCAUUUCUGUUUUCGAUCAAGCGAAUUUUUCACAAAAUUGAUCAUUUUUCAAUUUUGUUUUAUAUUCGUCAAAUUUUUGUUGUUGUUGUUGUUGUUGUUGGGACGAUCGAGUUGAAAAGUGCCGUGUAACGGAAUUAUUUAAAUCUCAAGUGAUUUGCAAAAUAUUAUUCAAAUGAAAUUGAGAGAAAGAAAAGAAAAUAUUUUAGCGGCGAAAAAAUAGUGAAUAGUUAUCGUGCCGAUUUUAGAUUCUGAUGGACCUGCAUGUGAAAAACACCGACUGAUUAAAUUGGAUUUUUUUUUUCUCGUUGUUGUUGUGGUGGUGAAUUUUGGCGAUUUUUUUCUGUUGUUGGUUUUUAUGUUUUCCACAUUGUCGUUUGCGGUCGGUGUGAUUUUUAUUGUGUUUGAUAUUUGCCGAAUAUUUCCUAACGAAACACUGUGGAAAAAUGCAAAGAAAAAGAGGCCUUGGCAAAGAGGUUAAAACAGCGGUUUCAUUGUGUUGCCGCGAUUACGUCACUUACACGGACUCGAAAUGAAAUAAAAAGAAAUCAGUUCGAAUUCCUUUGCGUUUGUUUGAGCGCACGAUGAAGGAAUUAGAAAAAAAAAAUGAUUAUUCGCUCGGUUAAAUGUCAAAGUUCAAACAAAGUGACAAGCUUCUACUUAACCGAUAUUACUUCCACUACCAUAAAUCAUUCUAUUUCGGUAAUUUUUUCUGUGUUGUUGUCACUGUGUUUCGCAUUUCUUCUAUUUAUCCUCGGCGAAGAUUCUUUGCAACGAAGAUUCUUCGCUUAAUGAAAUUCGUUUAAAAUUCAUUUCGAUUUGAAUUGACAAAAUUAAAAUCGCUACCGCAUUUGCAGUUUAAUUUCGGGACAUAAUUUCUUUUGUCGCAGUGUGUGGUUUUUGCUGCCAUUGUCAUUGUUUUUGCUGCAGGUGGAAUUUUUCAGUUAUUUUCACACGCACACACCACAAUUACCCGGCUGAUUGAUGGCAUAGCAAAAUUUAGCAAGGAAAAACAAACAUACACACCCACAGUUUAUCUAUUUCAAAAAUUAAAAGAUCUGUCGCGAAAGAGUGAUUUAUUGAAAUCAACACGUUCUUCUUUUUUUUCUUUGUUCUGUCCAAUUCCAAGCAUCAAAAUCAACAAAAAUAUUUGAAUCCAAAGCGUUUGGAAUGUUUUUUUAAUGGUUUAUUUCAUCAUCGACGAAUUUUUCACACAUCACUCCCCCCAAACUGGAAAAUGUGACUCUCUCACAUUUCAUUCGGGUAUCAAGUAACUUGUGUCGCCUGUGUUCGAGUGAAAAAACGUCCGUGUUAAAUGAGCAUGCAUUUCCAUUUCAGAUAGAGCCAAUCAAGUUUUGACAAACAAUGGAAAGGAAACACACAUUUAGUGCUAGAAAUCUCUGAGGCAAAUGCGUUUAAACAUUCAAGUGAUAAAUUUUGAUUGAAAAACAAAAACGUCAAUUAAAACGGUAUCUUCGAGUAAAUAGGGAUUCACAUUAAAAUGAUGAUUAUGCCUUAAGUCGGAACUGUUUUUUUUUUUGUCAAAGAAUUCCUAUUUUGCUUUGCAUUUAUUAAAACUGUGUGAAAAUUCGAUCGGGUCACAAGAAAACUACCCGAUGACAUUUAACGAAAACACAUUGAACGAAAGGUAAAAAUUAAUAAAAUUGUGCAUUAAAAGUGUUGGUGCUAGUUCUUGAUUGAAACCAAAUUGCAAGGUGUGAAUACUCUCAAAGUCCAUUACAGACAUAGAACACAGAAUUGUUUGUGGUGAACUUUGAAUCAAAUCAAACAAAAAAAAAAGAAGUCAGAAAAGAAUUGACAACAAAACAUUUAAUAAAAAAGAUAAAAGAGAAUAAUCGUAAAAAAAUAAUCAUUGAAAGAAGCGAGGAACAUUUGAAGCAGUUUGUGUGACACGAAACGGCAACGACAAGAAAUUCUUUCUGAAGCUGUAGCAAAAGAGCAAUGUCUUCAAAGCGAAAAUCACCACCGACUAAAUUAGAAGGAGGCUGUCAACCUACUACUACGACUACAACCAAUACGCAAUACACAAAUUUGGCCACAUUAAAUCAAAAAAAUUCCAAUCUCAUCGACAAGGACACCACAACACUCAUCAAAUCACACACCGAUAUCACCGAGCAUUUCACUAAACAGGACACAGAUUGUGAUAUUGACGAAGAUAUUACGGCGGACAUCGAUAACAACGAUCACAAUAAUAACGACGACGAUGCUAACGAUAAUUGUGACACAGUCACCGCUAACACACUCGCAUCAGACGGUUUUGACGCAAAAAAUGUGUUGAGUAAAAUCGACAAUAUUAAAGCGAAAUUAACAAGUGAAAAGCGUCAACAGGAAGAUAGCAUUGACAAGUAUAGCACACGACGACAAUCGAUUGAUGAACGAAAUAAUAACAGUGAUUAUGAAGAGCCGUGUAAGCGACCAAAGAUCGACUUAGGAUCCUGCUCACCAAUUCAUUCGCAUUUAGAAAAGCAAGAGGCCGCAUCUCCAUCGAGUAACAAUUCAGAAGACUUACAAAUCAACCGAACUGAACCCCAAAGUAAAGUGUCGCGUGACAACAUUCAAACCAUAGCAUCAACGCGACCAAGUGAUAACAAUAACAUUGACCAUAAAUACGAUGAAAAUGAUACUGUAGACAGUGGCGAUGAUUUAGUGAAGUGCUCAAGUGAUAACGUGCAAAAAUUGAACGAAAAUUUGGCGUCGAGUACAUUGAACAAUGCAGAUGUACAAGAAAAACUGAGUGAAAACAGUUCUAGUGAUUUAAUAAAUAACGGUAAAGCGCAACAUAAUAAUAGUGAUAAUAGCGUUGCCACCAAAUUUGAGGAAGUGUCCCGUAAUCGAGCUAUCGAACAGGCGCACGAUUUCAUAUUGAAAAUAUUCAGCGAUCAGUGCGAUAUACAAACAACGAAUCAGCCAAACGCUGCUGUGGCGUCGGCGUCAUCGCCGACCGAACGAUUUCAAUUACCGAAAUAUGAUAUCGCAUUCCAAGAUAUGACCUCGUCAACUGGUACCGCAACCCAAAUGAAUACAUCAUCAACAGCAGCAACCACAAAAAACUCUAGUAAUUUUCAUAAUAACAAUAAUUGUAGCAAUAAUAACAACAGCAACACAAAAUUAGACAAUAUUCUAAAGCGUCUGACCGCGUUGCCAAAAGGCAGUGGCGCGACACGUGAUAACCAUCGACAGCAACACAAGCAUCUGCUGCAGAGCCAGGAAAAAAUGUCCAACGAUGAUGAAACCACAACCAGCAAAAAUCAAACGUCAAUACUAAAGCAGAGUGAAAACAUGGUGUCGGACCGUAUACCAGAUCGUAAGGUGGCCAAUAUUGCAGCUUCGCUUGUUGCUGCUGCGGCUUCCGCAAAUGGAAGCAUCGACGAAAAGGAGCGCGAACUUAAUGAAGUGAUUACCGGACUGCAAAUCUUGCGCGAAGAACUCAUUCGACGGAAUACAUUAGACGGAAUGACCGGCAAUGCUGGACCCAAUAUGUCACCAAAUUUGUUGGAGAGCACAUCAAAACCGGAUUGGAAUCGACUGAGCUUGGAGAACUUGCAGGAAUUGAAAAAUCGAAUUUUCUCACAGGGCUACGGUGUUGAGAGUCUUGCGGCCAAAAAUCCAUUCUUACCAACGCUCCCAUAUCUACAUCGAGCUGCACAAUUCCCGAUCGUUCCGCAAACCGUACCGUUUGAUACAGCCGCCGCAUUUUCAUACUUGGCCCAAAUGACAGCCACCGCCAAUGCCAUGCACUCAAUGCCCGACUCAAAUGCCGUGGCCGCCGCAAUGGCAUCACAAAUUAAAAAAGAAAAAUCCAUCACACCACCGCUGAACCAUCGUCACGCCUCUUCUGCCACACCAUCGCCCUCAAGCUACGAUAACCCAGAUGCACCGUUGAAUUUGUCGAAACCAAAGCAAUCGUUCGCCAAUCACUUGGGUCGCUCGGUGACAAAGGGGAACAAAUACGAUCAAGUGCAGGGAAUUGCAAAUAAAACCGAUCAAAUGCGAUCAAGUAUUAUGGAAAAUAGUGCAGCCCUUGAGGCAACGCUGCGAAACAGCAACAACAAUGUGCAGAAUAAUAAUUCCGGUAACUGUGUAGUCUCAUCGUUGCAUCGUGCAUUUAUGCCAUAUUCACAGGCGGCUACGGUAGCGGCCAUGAAUGCGGUCAAUUCAUCAUCGAACCACAAGCAAUUGGGUUUUCAUCAUCAAUUGCCACCAUCAAUGGCUGACAUUGCAAAUGUGGGCAAUAAUUCGGGCGGAAAUUUAAUGGUCGAUGAAACGGAUAUGCUGAACGUUUGGUCGAGUCAUGCACAUCAUUCGCACCACGAUCACGAUGACCAUCGAAAUGGUUUGAAAAUUGGUUUCCAUGAUCAAGGCAAUUCCCAAAAAUCAGGUGGUUCUCAUAUGGAAGAGGAGAAAGUGCGAAUGGUGCGCCAAUCACGGGGUAAUCGAAACGCUGGCGGCGGUAACAAUUCAAAUAAUUCGGUACACAAUUUGGGCGAUUCAGCGUGUGGCAUCUCAGAAGGUCUCGGCAACAGUAUUAGCGGAGGUGGUGGAAAAGCUCAUAUUAAGCGACCAAUGAAUGCAUUUAUGGUGUGGGCCAAAGAUGAACGUCGCAAAAUACUCAAAGCAUGCCCCGACAUGCACAAUUCAAACAUUUCGAAAAUUCUUGGCGCACGAUGGAAAGCCAUGACCAAUGCCGACAAACAACCAUACUAUGAGGAACAGUCACGCCUAUCGAAAUUACACAUGGAACAGCAUCCCGACUACCGUUAUCGCCCUCGACCAAAACGAACCUGUAUCGUUGAUGGCAAGAAAAUGCGCAUCUCAGAGUACAAGCUGCUCAUGCGAAAUCGCCGCGCUGAAAUGCGACAGCUCUGGUGUCGUGACGGAUCCAGCGCUGGAUCAGUUGGUGCAAAUGGAAAUGAAAAUGUUGGCUUCUUACACGAUAUGUCGGUGGCAUCAACGUCGGGCGGUGCUGGUAGUGGCAGUGGGCGAUCGGGUUCACCAAAUCAAUAUUAUUAUCCAUAUCCACCUGACAGUAUAUCACCAAGUGGAUUUUCAUCGGAGCUCGAUUCAAGAGACGACGAAUGACUUUUCAAAUCGUUUUUAAACUGACUGAUUUGAGAAGGGGCCAACGCAUCCAGAAGUGCUUUGUCCACCUGAGAUAUUGGUGAUCAAACAUUCCGGCAGGUCAUCUAAUCCUAAACUCACUUAAAUUAAUUUCUAUGGUAAAUGACAGCGAAAAGCUAAAGCGUAUUGACAUCCAUGUAGUUGUGGUACAAGAUGAAAAACGCAGACGAAGAAAGAAGACGAAUUGGCCGUGAGAGAAAAAUAAUUGGUAGUUCAACAAAA